AUCCAUGUUGAUACCAAUUACCAACCGUAAGAUAACUCAGUGUUGCUAACAAGUUUGCAGUUUAGUUUAAACUUCAUCAAAAGCAUGAAAUCUGCUUUCGUUUUGUUGUGUUUGGCAUGUUUGCCUUUGGUAAUAUUAGGUGCCAUAAAUGACUUCGUUUAUCCAGUCGGUGACCCUAGGCGAUGUUUUGAGGGCAUGAAUAGCCAAAUUGUAAGGUUUGAGGUUAUUCCCGGCGGUGGAUGGGACAAUUUGAGAAACAAAGAACUGGGUAUGGUGAUGGGCCUUAACUACUCUAGGUGCAAAACAACCGAAGACGGAAGAUUUCUUAUUCCGGAUGGUACACGAACAGUUCCACAGAAAAACAGCAAAAUUGAUUCGUACGCAGAGUUGAUUGAGCACUGGGAUGAUUUCACUAGUACUCUGUCAAGGACAAUAAAUGUGGGAGCUGGUGGGGCAUAUGAUGGUGUAGCAAUCAGCGGGAAAUUUUCUGACGAAUAUGAAGAAGUAAAGAGUAAACAAUAUAAUGAUAAGACUGCCACCACUCGUUUACAGGUGCGAUAUGUUCAAUAUACAGUUAAUAUGGAGCCAGACACGCCAUUAAAUGAAGCAUUUAAAGCACGUCUUCGCAAGAUAGCAGCACAUUUAACUCUAAACCGCACAGACAUGGCUCGUUUUGAGAGUCAACUACUUGUUCGAGACUUUGGAACGCACGUGACUACAAGUUUAGACGUGGGGGCUGCUCUAGUUCAGACAGAUGAACUAUCAGCUGACUAUGUAAAAGACCACGAACAGACCAAGCAAACCAUUCUGGCUGCAGCAAGUGCUAACUUCUUUGGAAUAGUCAAUUUCGAUGUAGGAUAUUCUCAAACAUCACAGCAAAGCGAUACGACCGCGUAUGCACAAAGCCGAACAAGUUCAAAAGUUAUGGCGUUUGGUGGACCAAUCUUCAGGCCAAUGAAUUUUACAGCGAAUAACUGGACUGACGCUAUUCAAACCGACUUAGUUGCACUGGACAGAUCUGGAGAUCCAAUAUAUUAUGUCAUCAAUGACAGAAGUCUCCCAAACGUUCAUCAAUCCGUAAUUCAAGAUGUAUACGACCUAGUCCAGGAUGCGGUGAACUUAUACUAUGAACACAAUAUUCGUCGUGGCUGCACUAACCCAGAGUCACCAAAUUUCAGUUUUCCUGCAAACUACGACGAUGGAACGUGUAUGCCUCCAAUGACAAAUUUUUCUUUCGGCGGUGUUUACCAAGAAUGUUCAGGAAACGGAUCUGACCUUUGUAAAGGUAUGGCACAAAACAAUCCCAAAACCGGUUCUGCGAGUUGCCCAAAUGGAUACAAGUCAAUGCUCUUAAAUCACGGCCUGUUGCAGCAAUCAAAAUCGAACAAAGAAUGCCAUACAUGCUGGCUGUUUUUCCAAUGUUGCCAUUGGGUAACAGAUAGUGCGACAGCAGAAUAUUCCGCGUACUGGUGUGCUGCCACUGGAAAAGAGCCACCAGAUAGUGGAUACCUCUUCGGCGGUCUAUACACAUCCAAUAUGGUCAACAGUUACACAAAGAGUAGAAGUUGUCCCAAAAAUUAUUACCCGCUCCAAAUAUUGUCAGAACUGACUGUAUGUGUAAGCGAUGACUAUGAACAAGGUUAUGAGUACUCACUGGCAUUUGCCGGUUUCUUCACUUGCCGAAGAGGAAACCCGUUAGCACAACUUGAAAAUGAUAACAGCACCGGAAAGACAAGUCAGUUAGCAUCAUAUAUGACAAAUGCGGGAGUGUAUCCUCAUGCUUGUCCGAAAGGCUACAGUCAACAUUUGGCUACGGUUGACAAUCAAUGCAAUAUCAACUACUGUAUUAAAACGGGUAAUUUGUCCGAGAAAAGUCUUCCAAAAGUACUGCGACCACCGUUUAUGAAAGCGCCUAGAGACGGGUACAUGGAUGUUCUUGACACCGCUUUCGUUGUCAAUAGUGACGGAGAUCUCUGGACUAUCAAAGAAAGGGCAAAAAAAGAUGUACCUAUGUUUCUGGAGCAGCUUGGAUUGAGCAACUACAUAACAACACAAAGCCCUACGCAGUCAUUUAGCGAAGAGGAGCAUGGCCAUUAUACGAGUCCAAGAAAAUUAUCUAGCAGAUGGAUUGCCUUUAUAUCCGUUUCAGCAACCCUUCUUUGUAUUUUGGUGGGAUCAGGAAUCAUUGUAACCAUGAGACGUAGACGGAAUCGAAAUUCGGAUUUAAACGAUCAUCAAUACAUGAUUAAACAUACUUACGGAAAAAUGGGUGAUACACCAAAAACAAUACAUACACAGCCUUAAAGUAGAAACAAAAAUUGACUUGACGUUCCUUAUUUCUUUAGGUAUUUUCUGAUAAUUUUCUUGCAAAUUAAAUCGUGUGUAAUUUCAGUAAUACGUAUGAAGAAAACAAUAAUUACUUCUCCGUUUUAGGAACAAUAAAGAGGUUCUAUUUUACAAAAUAUGUUUCAUGCUGUAGCUCGUCCUAGUUUGCUCCUUGUGUACAUUGCUUGUAUGGAAAAUAAAUUGAAGGAACAUACAACUUUGUUUGCAGUUCAAUUCCAAUUCCUCGACCUAUUGUUUUGUUUGUUUGUCAUAAUAUCAAAUAUAGUCUGAUUAAACGCUGUAAAUAUG